UGCAGAGCUGACCUAAAGAAAAAAGUUGGCAUUUUUUAAAAGCAAUGGAGGAAAUCAAUGACGAUGUUGAAACUGUGAAACCCCUAACCCCAAGAUCAUCAACAAUAAAAGAAGGUCCCAGGAGAUUUCCCCGAGCGUCUGUUCUCGGUUUUGGGCUGCUGAGUGUUUUCCUGCUGGCUGUCUUCAUCGGACUCACAGUCUACUGCCAUUACUCAGAAGGUGUUGCAGCUGCAGAUCUCUCCACUAUCAAAGCAAUCCUGACUAAGAGUCUUGACCAGCUGAAGGCCAACCUCACUGAAAAGACCAGAGAGGUGGACAGGCUUCAGAGUUUGAUGGACAAGGAGAAAACGUGUCCCGAAGGAUGGAGGAUGAUCGGUUGUUCCUGUUAUCUCCUCUCUACUGAGAAAGCUUCUUGGGAACAAAGCAGACAGCACUGCACAGCCAGAGGAGCAGAUCUGGUGAUCGUAGACAGUGAGGAAGAACAGGAAUUCAUAACUAGCAAGAUCAAGGAAGACACUUGGAUUGGUUUGAAUGACAGAGAAGAGGAGGGGACCUGGAAAUGGGUGGAUGGAUCUCCACUGACCCUGAAUCUGACGUUUUGGAGCACAGGACAGCCUGAUAAUUUUGACGAAGAGGACUGUGUAGAAAUACGGAGUGUUGUUCACUCCCAAAGCUGGAACGACAGGCCCUGUGAGAACGAUCUGCAUUGGAUCUGUGAGAAAGAAGCUUGACAUUGGUGUCUGUUUGGAUACUAAACAUGCAAUCAUGCUUUUACAAUUGAGUUUAAAUUGAGUUAUUUAAAACUAUACACAAUGUCUGAUUUCAUGAAUAAGAAUUACUUUGCUCGGAUUGAUACAUAACAUGUUUUUAGUGGGGUUUUUUUGGAUUAAAAUCAGUUAUAAAUAAAUAGUUUAAUUUGUUUUGGCCAACUUUUGUUUGCCUCAAUUAAAUUAGUAUUUGUAUUCAUCCUUUUACAUAUCAACAUAAAAACAGCUUAUUAAAAACAUCUGCUGAUAAGCCCACAGUUCCUGAAAGGUGCCUUAUUGAGCAGAAUAUGAUACAAAAAAGAAAAAUAACAACUGUCAAACAUUAUUGAAUAAUUCAGACAUAUACAACAAUACUCUAGUCUCAGCAUUGGUCUAACUUGUUCAAAUGUGUAAAAUAGCCUGUGUGUUAUACAGUAUGUUUCCUAACAAUGACCUCUUGUGGCCAUGUGAGUAUAAAUCUAUUGCAGGUAUUUAACAUGCAUAGGUGCCACUUUGUACAUACUGUAAGAGCUAGUGCAUAUUAAUACAAAAAUGUAUGUAUGUUUAUCACAAUAAUAAUCUGGGACUUAAACUGCAGGAUUUGCUCAUGUUUCAUUAAAAAAGUAAACCGCCUUUUAUUUGAAGUUAAUUACAGUACUUUAGUAAAUGGGCAAAUUAGAUAUAGCUAGAUCAGGAAAUGGCAACUUUCGUUGAGCAUCCAUACAAAGAUAAAAACCGUAAAAAUAUAUUGUGGGUGUAUUACAUGUUCUCUGACAAGAUAAAGCUCUUCCACUUCAACAAACUGCUGUUAUCAGAUAAAAAGCAGCUUUACCACUUCACCUUUUUUUCUCAAAGUGAACAACUCCUCCCUGAAAGUUAUCUUUGAAAUAAUGUACACUUUUUAUAUUUAUGAUCAGCGGCAGACAGAGUACUUCAGAGGAAAGACAUUUGUGUUUAUCAGCAUUUAAAAUUAAGAUCCCUGCUUCCACAACAGUGUCAUGCUAUUCUCUUUUUAUUAACCAGUAAAACAGAUCUAUACAGGAUCAAUACAUUUAGAAUAUUAUUCAUCUGUAUGGCUUUGUAAGAUGAUAUGUCUCUAUUUAACACAAUGGACUUAUCUCACUUG